AUGCGUUCCCCUCCCCCAUGGCGCGCAGCAGCCUGCGUGGCGCUGCUCGUGUGGGGCGCCCUGCGGCCGUGCCUCGUGUCGCUGCCGUGGUGGAGGAGAUCGAGGUCUUCGGGCGGUCGAAGACUUGCCGCCAGGGCAGGCGAAGGGCUAGUGGAAGUGGAUGCUUCAAGCUUGGCCUUGUGGCUCCUGGAGCAUGGGGCGCAGGUCCACCCUUCCGCGCGCUUGGCCUUCGCGGCCCGGGGCGGCCGGGGAAUCUGGAGCUUGGGCGCCUUGGAGAAGGGCGCGGAGGUGGCGCGGAUCCCUUGGAAGCUCCUGCUCACCCAGGCCUCCGCCAAAAAGGCGCUGGGCGAAGAAGUGGUAUCCCAACUGCAGGAGUAUCCUUGUAUAGCGCUACAGCUGAUCCAUGAGAAAUACAUGCUGUCUUCGAAGUCCUUUUGGCAUGCUUAUCUGGAGAUGCUGCCCUCGAUGGAGGAGAUUGGGGCAUCUUUUACCUGGCCGGAGGAGGACUUAAAGCUACUGGACGGAAGCCUGAUCAAGAAUAUGUCGCGAUUCCUGCGUGAGAAGAUCGAAGAGGAGUACCUCAACAUUGCCAAGAACAUUUUUCCAUCCCGCCAGGAGCGGUUCCCAGCGGAGGUCUUCACCAAGGAGCGCUUCCUUUGGGCUUACGCCGUGCUGUUAAGCCGAUCCUUUCGCUUGCGCUUCGGGAAUGAUGAGGUCAUUGCUUUAGUUCCCUUCAUCGAUUUCAUGAACCACGACCCUGACUCCAAAGCGUAUGUCUCCGGGUCUGCGUCCUUGCCGACUUCGCUCGACGGAUCGCGCCUGGUGCUCUUGAAGACGGAUCGGCCUUACGGAGCUCAGGAGCAAAUCUUCGACUCCUAUGGACGACGCUCGAACGAUGAGCUGCUGUUGCUUUAUGGCUUCUCCUUGCCCCAGAACAUCCACAACUUCGUGGAGAUUUCACUGCUGGAGUUGUGGGCUCAAACUGACUUGGCGCCUUCCAAGAAGAAGUGGCUCAGCCUACAGGGCGUCGAUGUGGAUGAGAUGCAAAGCCUUUGUCUUCCCAGAGGCUACUGGCCACGCGAAACUAUGCUGCUGAUGCGGCUGCUGGUCUUGUCUGCCCGGGACGUGAGCUCCGAGGGCCUCAAGGCCUUCAGCGAUUUGGGACUCGACAAGGCCUUUGACCCUUCAGUGGAGCGGAAGGCGCUCCAAGCGCUGAAAGGCCUUUGCACGGAGCUCCUGGCCGGCUGCCCCGCCGCGCAGCGCCGCGCGGACGCGGAAGCGCGGGCGGCGAUCGAGGCGGAGCCGAGUGGUCUGGGGCCGAAGGAGCGGUAUGCCAUUUGGACACGGUCUGGCGAGGUGACGGUGCUGGAGACCAACCUCCGGCGCAUCGACCGGUUGAUCGAGCAGAUCCCCUUCGUCUUUGAGCUGCAAGAGGCCCGGAGGCGCCUGGCCUUUCCAGGGCUCACCUCGGAGACGAAGCCCAAGGACUUCGACAUCUUUUUCCAGGAGUUCGCUUUGGAUGACUAG